AGCAGACUGAUGAUUCCAUAGCGACGUCGUUCCAGGCCAGCAUACUACAUAUCAAUCGGAAGCUCUUGAUGAGUGCAAUCCAUAUACACCCUUCCCAUCGACAUACACAAAGUGAUGAUUCCAUGGCGACGUCGUUCCAGGCCAGCAUACUACAUAUCAAUCGGAAGCUCUUCAUGAGUGCAAUCCUCCUAGACGGUUAUCUUCCAGGUUCAUACUCAUGUGCAACAAUGAUUACACUUUGAAUUUCCUAAUUUUUUUUGCAACCUAAUUGACAAAAAAUUCACUUCAGGAUCCAUUUUUUUCUGCAUCUUGUAUGGAAAAGCUCAGUUAAAGACUGCUUUGACUCAAACUACACUAAUCUCAUUACUACAACAAUUAUAAUGCUUCAAACGGCACAAUUAAACA